AUGGCGGCGGGGCGGUGGGUGCUGCGCUGGGCCCUGGCGGCGGCAACGGCCGUGGCGGCGACGCUGGCGCUGGACAAUGGGCUGGCGCGGACACCGCCGAUGGGCUGGCUGCAAGUUGGGGCGGGGGGCGGAGGGGGGGGGUACAGGCCCGAGCAGCUCUUCGUGGAGAUGGCCGACGUGAUGGCGGCGGAGGGCUGGAGGGAGGCGGGCCCAGGUACCGGUGACAGCCGGCCCGGUGCGCUGCUCUGCGGCGCUGUCACCCGGUGUGCCCUCCCUGUGGCAGGGCGGAGAGCCAGCCGGCGGCGGGGCCUUGCCUGCCCGCCUCCGCCUCCGGUGCGCUCCCGGUCGGUGGCUCAAAAACCAGGCCCCCGCCUUCUCCCCUUUUCUUUCCCGUGCCCCAGCGAGCAGCUCUUCGUGGAGAUGGCCGACGUGAUGGCGGCGGAGGGCUGGAGGGAGGCGGGUUACGAGUACGUCUGCAUCGACGACUGCUGGAUGGCCCCGCGGCGGGACCGGGAGGGCCGGCUCCAGGCCGACCCCAAACGCUUCCCCAGCGGGAUCCGCAGGCUGGCCGACUACGUGCACUCCAAAGGGCUGAAGCUGGGCAUCUACAGCGACGUGGGGAACAAGACGUGCGCUGGCUUCCCUGGCAGCUACGACCACUACGAGCUGGACGCCCAGACGUUCGCCUCCUGGGGCGUGGACCUGCUCAAGUUUGACGGCUGCAACUCCGACUCGCUGGAGCUGCUGGCAGAAGGUUACAGGCGCAUGUCUCUGGCCCUGAACAGGACUGGAAGGAGCAUUGUGUACUCCUGUGAAUGGCCUUUCUACUUGAGGCCUGCGCAGCAGCCCAAUUACACAGAGAUCAAACAGUACUGCAAUCACUGGCGGAACUUUUUUGAUGUCUACGAUUCCUGGAGAAGCAUCAAGAGUAUCUUGGACUGGACAGCGCUUCACCAGGACAGCAUUGUGAAGAUAGCUGGGCCAGGGGGCUGGAACGACCCUGACAUGCUGGUGAUUGGAAACUUUGGGCUGAGCUGGGACCAGUCGGUGACACAGAUGGCAAUGUGGGCUAUUAUGGCAGCUCCCCUCUUCAUGUCCAACGACCUGCGGCACAUUAGUCCUGAAGCCAAGUGGCUGCUCCAGAACAAAGAGGUGAUCGCCAUCAACCAGGAUCCCCUGGGCAAGCAGGGCUACCAGAUCACCAAGGACAAGAACUUCGAGCUGUGGGAGCGGCCCCUGUCUGGCCGAGCCUAUGCCGUGGCGGUGCUGAACCACCAAGAGAUUGGGGGACCCCAGAACUUCACCUUCUCCCUCACCUUCCUCGGCAACGGGCUGGCCUGCAACCCAGCGUGCUCCAUCCGGCAGGUCCUGCCAGCCAGCAGGGACUGGGGGGUUUACAGCUGGGUCUCUUCCCUAAGCGUGGAGGUGAACCCUACAGGCACUGUGCUGCUGAAAGUAGCAGUUCUAUAGGAGGCACAAAGACAAUCUUUUCCUAAGCCUGAGACUCUGUCCAGACUUCUUGUUGUGAGAAGCCUGUCUCCUUCCUCCAAGCAGGGUGCCUUCACCCUCUCUUCUGCAUUCACUACCUGUGUGCUUCUACAUGGACUUUGAACCUUCAGCCUAAUGUGACAAAUAGCCACCACUCCAUCACCAAGAGGUAACAGAGAAAGGGGUGCUGCUUCUCUUCUAUUUACCCUUUCUCUGGCAUCUCACCUAACUCCUUCUCCAAGGGGCCAUAAGGGCACAGCCCACUACCAACCAAAGAAAUGCAAAGGAUACAUGCACUAGCUUUCCUUGGGCCUUUCAGGGACAAUAGGGAAAUACACCCUGGCUGCCCUGCUCUUGCUUUGCCAAUCCCAGGUGCACAGUCUGAGAACACAAAAAGCUGCUGCUAAAGAAACCAAAUACUCCCUCAGAGCGUGGACAUCUACUUCCACCUUCUGACAACUCAGGGAUUGACCCAAAUCACCACACUCCUUAGCAACUGCUUUCUUGACAGCUGCCUGCUUAUUAUAAAUGUGAUUAAGUAUCAUGCCUUAGGGCUUGGCUUUUGAGGGUUUCUCCUUACCCAAGGAGUCAUCGUCUCACCAUUGGCUGCCACUUCCCUUUAGAUGACAAAUCCCUCUCCAUCCUUCAUGGGGACACUGGGGUCCCCUUCCUCAGUGAGCUGCCUUCCAGAAAUACCCAUAUGCUUGCCCUCCACUGCUGGCAGUAGCCUUGAGGUUGAGUAACACAGGUCCUUCUGAGACCAGGGAUAGAUACUUGAAUCACUAUAAUGUACAAAUACGUUCUCUCCUGACUACUACACAACCAGGAUAUCUUGAUUCGUUCUUAUUUCUGUGAUUAAACACUUUGAUUAAAAUGUCCCUUAAAAAGGCUAAGCUUUUUCUUAGUUCCACUGUACAGGAGUACAGCAUGGUAUCUGAAAUUAAACUGGGUUUUAGAAAACGG